GCAAGACGUCAGAAUAACAAGUUGCAUUUACAACUGGCAACGCAAAACGCAGUUUUACCCCUCUGGACUCCACCCUGGCUUCAGAAGAGGGGCAGCUGGCCACAGUCAGGAUGACGUUGGCAGUCUUUUUGUUGUGUUUUCUGCAUUUGGCCAUUGCUACUGCCGGACUCUUCACCCGCAACGAUCUGCAAGCCGUCUGCAGCAAUUUGUCAGUCAGCACGCCUCAAGCCCCUCAGGGGCCAGGACCUUUGAACCAAGGCAGAGUGAGACCACUGUUUGCAAGGAGAGGACAGUAUGAACGACAAAGGAUUAAUGUGCCGUCCAAAGAGGUCCUGGUUCCUCCAAAUGACCUUCGCCCUCCUUCUAACGUGGCACCCAAACCUGUGAAGCCAAACUGCUCUCAGUUUACACAAAGUUGUUUGCCCCAGUCUGGCUGCUGUGACCCAUUUGCCUCAUGCCACUGCCGCUUCUUCAACGCAAUCUGCUUCUGCCGGAUGACAAAUUCUUUAUACAAGAAGAAAACAUAAAGAACACCAGAAAAACAAAACGGACGCACAAAAAUAAACUCAAACACAAACAGAGAUGCAGUCGCUCACGCUGCCUGAAUUGUGUAAUAGCCGUCUAUGCAUCAUAUGGACAAGACAAUAGGCAUCAUCUCACAAAAGCAGCCUUUUAAGACAGUAAAUGCACAUUUAAAGGAGUUUAAAUAACUUGUGAAAGGCAGCUGCUUGGAAAAACUAUUCACCAUAUACUUAAGCUUAAAUUCUCCAUAAAUGUGUUAAUUCUUAUUUGAAUUCCUUUGAACCAUACUUAAUGUAUAUUAUCAAUAUUUUUAUUAUCGUUGUUGUAGUUCUCAUUUUUGAUACUGCUGACAAUGUUGCAUUUCACCAAUGUUUCAGCACCAGUGUCCUGUGACUAUACAUGUUUUAUAUUGUUUUGUGUUAGUAGUUAGUAAUGUUAUGUCCAUAAUUGUGUAAAUUACAAGAGUGUCAUCUGAGUAAUUGAAUCAAUUUAUUUUUAACUAUGUUUUUCUUAUGUU